AUGUCAGUUACCAGAUUUGCUAACAGGGAUUUUAUCACAACAGAUUUGAAAUUAUCGUUGCAGUCAUCAUCAAUGUUACCCUCAUUAUCAGAGUGUUCCUCCAUAUUGUCCCAAGGCUUCUUAAGGAAUUUCUCAAAAUCAACAUUAGGAAUGGUUGAAACAAUGGCCAGUUGGGUAGCAUCAACAAAUUAUGAUUCAGAACUUGAGACUUCAAUAUGUAGGGGUAAGGACUAUGGUGUUCUCAAUAAUUUUUUCCUUGAUGACACCGCUGGAUUCCCUAUGUUCCACGAGAAUCUUAUCCAGCACUGGUUUAUUUGGGUUGGUGUUAAGAGGUGUUUUGACGGGAUCAAUCUGUUUAGCUUUGUGGUGGUUUUUAGUGGAUUGUUUCCUUCUAAGAUCGGGGAAGAUGAAACGGGUUUUGUUGUUGUUUCUAGGAAAAAGGAGUGGAAGAGAUCCUUGGUGUGA